AUGAAUGCUCAAGGUGUCGGGAAUUUGAGCACGCUCCUCAAGAGACUCGAGGCAGCCACCUCGCGGCUCGAGGACCUGGCCACAGUACAGACCCAGAGCACAGGUCCCACGAGUACGCCUGGUGCUGCUGCUGCCGCUACUGCCGGUGCUGGUGCGGCCGCUGGUGUAGCUGCGGGUGCUGCUGGCGCUUCUUCCUCCCCGCAAGAGGUCCCGCCCGCCGUCGAAGCUUGGGACGACGACGUUGCGCCAAAGCUGCAGGCCUUUGCAGACCUCAGCGCAAAGCUCGGCGGCAAUGUCGCUGCUCAGGCGCAACAUGUCGCGACCGCUUUUGCCGCCGUUCGCACCCUCGUCCUCUGUGCCGGGCUGAGCAAGAAGCCGGCAGGUUCACCCACGGCGCCCUCGCCCGUCUUUUUGAAGCUCAUCGAGCCGAUCCAGGCUUCGCUCAUGGCUGCCACCGAGGUCAAGGACAAGAACCGGGCGGACAAGGCCGCCUUCAACCACCUCUCGGCUGUCAGCGAAGGUCUGCCCGCCGUUGGCUGGGUCACUGUGGAGCCCAAGCCUGGUCCGUACAUCGACGAGAUGAAGAACGCGGGCCAAUUUUACUUCAAUAGAGUCAUCAAGGACCACAAGGAAGGUGACAAGACACACGUCGAGUGGUGCCGCUCCUUCACGGCCAUCCUCGACGAAAUGAAGAGCUACGUCAUGAAGUUCCACACUACUGGUCUUGCCUGGAAUCCAAAGGGUGGCGACGCGGCGUCGUUUUCGCCCUCCUCUGCUUCGGGAGCACCUGCUGCUCCUCCACCACCGCCCCCUGCCCCUGGUCCUCCACCGCCGCCGCCGCCGCCGCCUCCGCCACCUGCCGAUGCUGGCGGCAGUGCAGAGGCUGGGGGCAUGGAUGCCGUCUUCAGCCAAAUCAACCGGGGCGAGGGCAUCACCAGCGGCCUGCGAAAAGUUGACAAGAGCGAGAUGACGCACAAGAACCCGUCGCUGCGGACGGCGGCCCCAGCGCCUGCUGCCGGCAGCAAGCCUGCCCCGCCCAAGCCGGGCACCAAGCCAGGCGCAUUGAAGCCAAAGAAGCCCGCAAAAACAACACUCGAGGGCAACAAGUGGACCGUCGAGUACCACGAGGGGCAGCGCGACAUUGUGAUUGAGGACACUGCUCUGAGCCACACGGUCAAUCUUUUCAACUGCAAGGACUCGGUGGUGCAGAUCAGGGGCAAGGUCAAUGCGGUCCAGAUGGUCUCGUGCACCAAGACAUCGAUCCUCGUCGACACGCUCGUCUCGUCGCUCGAGAUCACCCAGUCGCCCUCCUUUACGGUUCAGGUGACGGGCAGCGUGCCCACGAUUCUCAUCGACUCGUGCGACUCGGGCCAGCUCUACCUCAGCCCAUCGACGCUCCAUGCGGAGAUCAUCUCGGCAAAGUGCAGUGCCAUCAACGUCAGCGUGCCCAAGGGCGGCGCCUCGGCGGAUCCAAAUGAUGUCGAAUACGUGGAAAUGGCCCUGCCCGAGCAGCUGCGCCAUUCCGUCGCCACCGACGGCUCAAAGAUUACCUCUGACGUCGUCGCUCACGCUGGCUAGGCUCUUCUUUUUAAUCAAUCGAUCAAGGCAUUUGGAUGGCAACAGAUUUGCAAUGCAUGAGAGUGGUGCGAGGGUGCUACUUUUGAAGACUUGUAGGGUUUCUUUACAUCGGCAGAGACAAGAUUCCUCCCCAGCUCUUCCACAUUCUAUCAACGGCUGCUCUGCGUCGAAGCCAGCUGAGACCAACUGCGCUGCCCACGUUUGCCCCU